UUCUUUACCUCGUGGAAAACUGGCCAAGAGGGGAAUAGAAAUAACAAGGGGAACGCGCGGAUAACCUUUUUCCGACUAACCGCGAAAUUUCCUGAUAAGAGCAAGCGCGGGCGGCGCCUCCGCGUUUGGUUCUUCAUGUGUUUUGGGUGCAGAUUGUGGUAGAGCAGCAACCUUGCUCCCAAAUCCGCCUGAAUUUUGGGGUUCUUUUGGUUUUGUUCUUGGAGAAUUUGCCCCUUUUUAGACUUGGUUCCAAUCCAGUUUUGCAAUCAUUUGAUCCCAGCAAGUCAUAAACUAUCUUGCGCGGAAGGCUUCAUUCAGAGCAUGUGACAAAAGGCUUUGCUAUUUGGGGGCAAGAAUCAUGAGCUUCUAGAACCUUCUAGUCGUCCUCCAUGGAGACGUCGACCGUUACCUCCUCCUCUUCGCCGCCCCCAUCCCCAUCCCCGUCCCCGUCCCCGCAGGCCCCGCAGGCUCCGCCGGCCAACCUCGACGCCGUCAGCCUCGGCCGCCUCAGCGCCAACCUCGAGCGCCUCCUCGACCCGGCCUUCCUCAACUGCGCGGACGCCGAGGUCGUCCUUGCGGAUGGAGGCGACGAAGCCACCGUCCCCGUCCACCGCUGCAUCCUUGCCGCCAGGAGCAACUUCUUUCUCGACCACUUCUCCUCGCUCUCCUCCCCCGCCGCCGGCGGCGGCAAGCCGCGGCUGGAGCUUGCCGAGCUGGUCCCAGGCGGGCGCCACGUCGGCCACGAAGCCCUCGUGGCCGUUCUCGGGUACCUCUACACUGGGCGCCUCAAGCCGCCGCCGCAGGAGGCCGCCAUCUGCGUCGACGACCGGUGCAGGCACCAGGCGUGCCGUCCGGCGAUAGACUUCGUUGUUGAGUCCACGUACGCCGCCUCCGGCUUCCAGAUCUCCGAGCUCGUCUCGCUCUUCCAGCGUCGCCUGUCCGACUUUGUUAACGAAGCUCUGGCGGAGGAUAUCUUGCCGAUUAUUCAUGUUGCUUCCACCUGCCAGCUUCCAGACCUGCUCAAUCAAUGUAUUCAAAGGGUUGCAGACUCGAGUGUUGACAGGCAUUACCUUGAGAAGGAACUUCCAGGUGAAGCAUUUUCCAGGGUCAAGGAGAUUCGUCGGUAUUCCCUGCAUGAUGAAACAGAUGAGUCCACUCUGGACCCUGAGCAUGCCAAGAGGGUAAGGAACAUUCACAAGGCCUUGGAUUCUGAUGAUGUUGCCCUUGUUGGCAUGCUCCUAAAAGAAUCUGCAAUCACUCUGGAUGAUGCACAUGCCAUACACUAUGCUGCUGCCUAUUGUGAGCCCAAAGUGUUGGCUGGAAUGCUGAAUCUGGACUCCGCUAACGUGAACCUGAAGAAUGACAGUGGAUAUACACCACUGCAUAUAGCUUGCAUGAGGCGAGAACCAGAUAUCAUUGUUUCACUUAUAGAGAAGGGAGCUUCCGUGCUGGAAAGGACACGAGAUGGACGUGAUGCUCUUACCAUUUGCAAGAGAUUAACAAGGGAGAAAGACUGCCGCAAGAAGUUAGAGAAAUGUAAGGAGAGAAGCAAGGCCUACUUGUGCAUUGACAUCUUGGAGCAGGUGAUUAAGACAAAGUCGUCCAUCUCAGAGGAGCGUCUAUGUGAAGAGGUUCAAAUUGCCACUCCUUUGCUGGCAGAUAAUUUUCACAUGAGACUCUUGAACUUGGAAAACAGAGUUUCCUUUGCAAGAAUAUUUUUCCCUUCCGAAGCCAAGCUUGUCAUGCGCAUAGCACAAGCUGACUCAACCGAAGAGUUUACUGGUCUCACAUUGGCUAAUUUCGCUAAACUGAAGGAUGACCUAAAUGACCUCAAGUUGCGUGAACGCUUUGACGCGUUGACAAAGACAGUUGAACUAGGGCGAGGGUAUUUCCCGCAUUGUUCAGAAGUUCUUGAUAAGUUCCUGAACGAAGAAUCCACUGAGUUGUUCUUCCUUGAAACUGGCACUCCCGAGGACCAACGAAUCAAGAGGAUGCGCUUUUCUGAACUCAAAGAGGAUGUGCUGAAGGCCUUCAGUAAAGAUAAGGCAGUUGCAGCCAUAGCUUCCUCAACGUCCUCAUCUUCUUCGCCGAGGUAUGACGGAAAGGUUAGGCAUGGCAAUAAGAGAGCAAAGCUAUUGCGGUAAUAUCGGUCAGUUAAAUCCAAUGUGUCAAGCACACAUGAUUUUCAGAAAGGUAGGGAAGCAAGGUUUGGACCUUGUUGACAAUGUGUAGUGCAGUGAAAAACUAUAUAGCUCAGUAAGCAGAUCGGUUAUAUUGUACUACUUGCUUGGGGCAUUUCUUGUAAUCAUUGUGCUUUGACAUAUGACACGCUUUAGUAAAAAAAAUCCAAUCGCCUGUGGUGGCUGGCCAGUUUCACAAUGA